AUGUCCAGUCAAAUCUCGAAAAAAAGAAAAUUUGUUGCUGACGGUGUAUUCUUUGCCGAACUCAAUGAAUUCUUCACUCGUGAGCUGGCCGAAGAAGGUUACUCUGGAGUAGAAGUCCGCGUGACGCCGGCACGUACAGAAAUCAUUAUUCGUGCUACUCAUACUCAAGAUGUUCUUGGUGAGAAGGGACGUAGAAUUCGUGAGCUUACUGCUCUUAUUCAAAAAAGAUUCAAAUUUCCCGAGAAUACUGUUGAAUUGUAUGCCGAAAAAGUACAAAAUCGUGGACUUUGUGCAAUUGCCCAAUGUGAAUCACUUCGUUAUAAAUUAUUAGCAGGUCUUGCUGUUAGAAGGGCAUGCUAUGGUGUUUUACGUUUCAUUAUGGAAUCAGGCGCUAAAGGUUGUGAGGUUGUCGUAUCAGGAAAACUUCGAGCUGCACGUGCUAAAUCCAUGAAGUUUGUCGAUGGAUUCAUGAUUCAUUCCGGUCAACCAAUUCGAGAUUAUGUUGACACCGCUGUUCGACACGUAAUGUUGAGACAAGGAGUGCUGGGUAUUAAAGUAAAGAUUAUGCUUGAAUGGGAUCCAUCUGGUAAAGUUGGACCAAAGAAUCCAUUACCAGAUUUAGUCACCAUCAUGGAACCCAAAGAGGAAACUACGAUCACACAUCCUACAUCCGAGGACUUCCAACGACCACCUGUUGAUAUUCCUACAUCACCAGUUCAAGAUUUCAACGCUCCUCCUCCUUCUUCUGGUCCUCCUGAAGAAUAUGAAAGUUAA